UUGUGAUUAAAAACAAUAUGUAAUAAUAAUAAAAGAAACAAAGUUGGAUUCAAUAAUUAUUUUGUGGAUGUGUUCGUGAAGAACCUAUUAAUUAGGAUUAGAGAAUACAACGUUUAUCAAGUAAGAUGGAAAUUUAGAAGCAGAAGCCUAUAAAUAUAACAUCUAUAUAACAGCAAUCUGAAGGAUGGUUGAAUAAGACUACAUCUUAAGAAGUUGAUUAUUCAGCAGAUAUUGAAAAAGAUGUAGAUUCAGAUGAAGAUCACUAAAAAAUAUAUAAUAGAUAACUUUCAUAUUUGGAGCAGAAUUCUUAGCUACAAAAGACAAGUUUUUCUGAUGUAAAUAUUAUAGAAUAAAAUAGGAAUUCAAUUCAAACAAUAUAGAAAUGAAGUUAUUGCAUCGUAAAGGUGGUUUAUUAUCAAGAUAAAGCAAUAUUUAAAUAGAAAUGUAAUCUAAUUUAUGGAUUAUGAAAAUCUUUAAAGAUGUUUAAUUGAUUGUUCAAGAUAAAUAAUUUGAAUAAAAAUUUAAAUCUCAAUUGAUCAAUUCUUCUAUUGUUGAUAUAAUAAAACAAAGAAUUAAAUCGAAUUCUGUUUUGUUAGCUCAUGAUCCAACAGGAUCAAUCUUACUUAAAUUAGCAAGUCCCAGUAGAAAGAUAUAAUAUUUGAUAUAAGAUAAGACAUUUUAAAAUAUAAUUGAUAGAGGGAUUUGUAAAUUAAAAGUGAAAGUAGAUAAAGUAUUCAAAAUGGAUUUAGAUCAGAAAUUAGAUAUUGUUGUAGUAAAUCUAUAUUAUGUGGAUUGUAAAGAUAAUCUAAAAAACAUUCUUUAUGAAUAUUUACAAUAUGCUCAUGAUAUUAUUAUUCUUCUAUCAUCAAACAUAGAAAAUUCCAUAAUUUAUGAUUCUGCUGAGUAAGCUAUUUCAUUAUCAGAAUAAUCUAAUUAAAGUUGCAGUGUUGAACUUCAAAAUUUGACUGAUAAUAAUAAUACCAUUGUUGCUAAAUUACUAUACUAUGGUGAUAUUACAGAAGUAAUUCAAUUUUUAAUUAUUAUUUUAGAUCACAUUAAAUGAUGAAUUGAAUUUUGUUUAUUCAUGCAUUGAUUCAUAAAUCAAAAAACAAUAUAAUUAUAAACUAAUGUUUAAAGAUUUAAGAAAUCAAUUAGGGAUGAGCAAACUCAUUAAAUUACUUAAUCAAUUUUAAAUCAUUUCAGGAAUUGGUUCUUUUCAUGAGUUUGCUACUAAUGUUAAUGGAACUAAAGAUAAAUAUUAGUUAAUUAACUUUUAAACUAAAGAAUUUGACAAUGACAAUCAAGAGGCUAAACAUAAUUUAAGUAAAUCCUAAUCUUCAUCCUCAUCUACUGAAUCUGAACCUGAGGAUAAUUUUAAUAAAUUAGCUACCAAAAGUGAUUCAUUUAAUCAAUCUUAGAUGCUGCAACCACUUUUGCUCAAACAGACUUAUUCAUAACCCUUUAAUAAUUGA